CACUGCAUGAUAAGCGCUACACGUGCUUGCUACCUACCGUCUUGUCUUGCUCGCCUGACGUGACGGAUCGAUAGCUAGGGCCACAAAAAAGCGGCGGACCCCUCGCAAACGCCGGCCGACACGCUAUCCACUCGUUGGUUGCCGCCCACGGCCCCGCCCCCUCUCUGCACUUGUCUGUCUCGGACUGCUAUGGUACAACCAACAUACACUACAGCGGAGAGAAGGGCUAGGCGGGUGGCUGGCGCGCAAACCGCCGCCCCUCCUUGAUUUAUUAGUCAGUCAAAACGACCCCCAUUCCCCUCGCUAUCUCUCCCAUCCCCUCCCCACCAGUGAGUGUCGAGUGAGUGUCGAGUGAGUGUCGAUUGGCCAUGAAUGACUAAAUUACAGUGCCUCUAGCGGUCUACCGGGCGGUCGGGUGACAUCGGAAGGGGGUCACUUCUUGCCACCCUUGUCGUCACCGACAUCCUCCAAGGAUUCGUCAUCUGGGAACUCUGGCAAAGGGCUGCGUGGGCCGUCAGGCUCGAACUCCUCUUCAGGCUCGGCCGGCCUGUCAGCCGUCCCCAUAGCUUGCUCGAGGGCCACCUUCUGCUGCAGCCGCUCGUUCCUGGUCGCCAGCCACAGCGACGUCAGGAGGCCCACCAGAUGCGCCACGCUCGUGUUGGUGUUGGCCUGCACCACCAGGAUGUCCAGCGGCUGAAGCGUGAGGCCGCCUGUGGGAGCCGAGAAGCGCACCACCCCGCCGGGCCCCCCACCGAAGACAAGCUGCGACAUGCGGAGGAUCUUUGAGAAGAGAACGCCCACGAUCUGCUCGGCCGAGACCAUGGAGAGCAGCAGCCCGAUGAGGUUGAUCCACACGCCGCUCCGCAGCCAGUGCUUGAUGCUGACGACGGCCUUGGAGGGCGCCGUGCGGCGCAGGUCGAGCGAGAGUCGGGUGUAGCCGUAGGUCCAUAUGAGUGAGAGGAUAGAGAAGAAGACGGCGACGCCGGCCAGGGCAGUGCCGUUGAGGAUGGCCUGUGUGAGUGUCAGGUACUCGCUGAUGGUGUUGGCGAAGAUGAGAAUGGACGCCGACACCACCGUGAGGGCCAGCUGAGGCCACCAACUCCACCACGCGACGUUCCACAAGGCGCGACGAACCACCUGACACACACAAACGGAAACACAGGCACAGACACAUGAGCCCUGCCGGCACCAGCGAGGGGCAUCGGGGCAUCUUUCUUGCUUUGUUGACCCACCUGCAGCUGCUGUACAGCGGUGCGUUCCUUUGGCGCCGCAGAGCUCCUGUCAGCCGGCGGCUCCUUGAGUGAAUCGGAGCGCCUGAAGAUCUUGCCCAAAGCCAUUGAAGGAGCCUGGGCGUGCCGGGCUAGUGUCUGCUUUGUGGUCCUUGCAGGCAGCGCUGGGCGGCUCCUUGAGAGAGGGGCAACGAAGGAAGGCGCCGUUGGACCCUGCCAAGCCCACGUCGGGAUAAGCGACGACGCCAGCAGGCAGAUGCAUAGCGAAGCACACCUCGACGUCUUCAUUGCCAUGGUGAUUCGCCUACGUUCUCCAACAGCAGCAGCUACGUUCUCC